AUGUAUUUUUUAUUUGCUGUCGAUAUUGUCUCAGUCACUGUUGGAUAAAGAUGAUAUUGAGGAAGUUGUCCAGUAAACCUUCCAAUACACGGCCCAAAGUGGCAGGUCAAGAGGACUCGUUUCACUACGGUAACACUGAGGUGGUUUUAUUGAAGGCUGACAAUGCUAACCUUCCGAUCAAGGUAGACGUAAUCGUAACCACCAUCAACUCGAAUCUUAAUCACGGCAUAGCGACAGCUUCGAGCACUAUUGCUGAAAAAGCGGGAAUACCUUUGCAACGGAAAAUUCAGGAACAAAAAAUUAAACUUCCGCUGGGUGAGGAUGACAUUAUUGCAACUUCCGGUGGGAAACUCGCAUGCUCUAAGGUGUAUUACGUUACAUUACUGCCACGAAAACAACAUCAUACUGCAGCAAUUAAGACACUUAUAUGGAAAUGUUUAGAGAAAGCGAAUUUAUCUUCGUUUAAAUCGUUGGCCUUCCCAGCGCUUGGAACAGGAAAACUACACUACCCUCACAGCGAUGUUGCAUACGCAAUGUUCGGAGCAGUGGGAGAAUACAGCGCUGCUAAUCCUACCAGUAGUGUCUGCCGCGUGUUCUUUGUGAUUUUACCUUCGAAUACGGAUGUAUUGAAUGCGUUCAAAGAGGCUAACAAGAACUUAAAGGAAUCUCAACUGCUCAAUUCGACAAGGGAGAACUGGGACCUCUGCGAUGAGUUUCCGAUGCAAAACGAAGAGGCGAUCCCGGAGCGCAUGACGCCUGAUUUUUGUUUGUACAUGUACAAUGCCAAAAUUCAUCCGCCGUCAUAUUGGACUAGGUUUACUUCCGACAAAACUGUCAAAGAUUGGAACACAGGUCAACCACCAUGCACUUUAGUAGACAUCGACAAGAAUUCGAACACGUUCACAGUAAUUAAGGGCCUAGUAGAGGGAACGUGGGAAGCGGACAUACAAGGUAUUGGUCGAGACGCUGACGGACUCGAUGGCUUGCAGUACGGUGGUCUAAAGAUAACAAGAAUUCAGAGAGUGGAGAAUCUGAUAUUAUACGAACAAUAUGCGACCAGGCGUCAGGUGAUGUUUCUUGCUUCGGGAAAAGCGGGUAUAUACCCGAAGCUAAGUGAUGUUCCGGACAUGAAAGGUGGUUCAUCACAUAUCAAAGAACUGUUGAACAACGAAUGGGCGAACCAAUUGUACAAUGAAGUGAACGAAGAGUACUUUUUUCACGGGACCAAGACGGACAGAGUAGGUCAGGUCUAUGCACAAGGAUUGGACCCUAGACUAGCAGCCAACGGCACUCAAGGGCCAGCCGUGUACAUGGCUGAGAGUUCAACGAAGGCCGACCAAUACACAGACACAAGAAGCGCUCGCCAGUCGAAUGGGCUGACAAUGUUUCUAGUGCGAGCCUGUCUAGGAAACAUAUGUCGCAUGACCAAGUGUCGCCAAAUGAGACGACCUCCUUGCACGGAUUCCUCGUGUAGUAACGACGAAUGUCAACACGUUGACAGAUAUGACAGCGUCGUGGCUGAGGAACUUUUUAUUUUCAGAGAAUUCGUGGUGUAUGAUAGGAAUCAGGUCUAUCCUGAAUACGUGAUUAGUUAUGACAGAGUUUAAUCACUAGUCAGUGAAUUUAAGAAAUGUAAUUAAAGUUUGCAUCUUUGGUCAUCUGAUUCUAAAUAUUUUCAUGCAGUAAAUAACUAAAUCAAUGUUAAUCUUUGAAAAUGCUUAAAUGAACAUGUUCACACCCAGAACAAAUUAUUAUUUUCCGACUUUUUGUCACAUAUUAAAGAAAAUAUAGACAACUGAACGCUAGGGUGCGAAACUAUUCUUAUGGCAUAGACUCGCAAUGAAAAAAACAUUUGCAUUAAUGAAUAUUGAUCAUUUUCAAUUGAUACAAUUAUAAAGCUUACAACCGAGAAACGAUGGGAUAAUUUGGAAAUGUUCUGGUUUUUCGUUAACGUUUAUACCAGCACGACUAUCACGUAUAUAACAAUAACUGUAUUAUUAACAGUCCUGAUGGCCGAGAGGUUAUGGCGAUAACCUUUCAAUUCAAAGGACACUGAGCAACGAUAGGGACAAAGUUGUUUCUCUCAUUUUUUACAUUCUAUUAUUAACCUUCCAGCACUAUUUAACGAGAAAUCAGAAGAAAGUUGUUUAUACUCUAUUCAAGUUCUCCGGGAACAUUGUCAAGUAUGUACAGUGUGAUGCAAAAAGCGCUUGGAAUUUGAUUGGAAGUAAAAUUCGGGGCUUCGAGACACAUAGAAAAAUACCUUGAAGACAUAACCAAAAAAAAAACACACUUUUGAUAAGAUUGUUGAAGAGAGUAAUGAAAUUCCUAUCUUUUGUGAAACAUACAAGUUCUGUUAAGUUGAAACAUUUUGCUGAUAUGUAAUGUUCUAAGUAAUUAUCAUGACGUAUUUAAAAGUCAAAUCUUUGACAAUUGUUCUGUCUUCCAAUGGCUCUGGUCGACAUUAUUCUGUUUAUCCAUAUAAACUGCGAAUUAUCUGAACCAUUACACAUGCUAAAUUAUGAUCAAGAAAAAAUGUUGAGUAACAGGCACAAAGAUGCUCGUUUAUAUUGGAAUAUGUUAAAGGAAUCUAAUGGUAUCAAAAAGUCAAAUAUAUAUAAUGUCAAUGUUUGAAAAUUAUUUUAAAGCCGUUAAUACUCCAGAAGAUUGGUAUUUUACGCCUGAUGAAGAUAGUAUGUAUUUUAUUAAAUAGGUACGAAAAUGA